AUGAUGUUCUACUGGAAACCAGCCUCUAUGUAUGUGGGUGUGUGUAAUAAUGUGUACAUCUCACGCCAAUGUGACACCUCCAGGUGCAAUCCCAGCUUUGAGAAGGUUCUGGAGGAGGUGACACACUACAUCCCUCGCUAUAUGGAGGAGAUGGAGUCUAUCUUUGACCCUUCACAGGGGGAGGAGAGGAUAAGUAUCAGCAUUGGAAGUCACCAACAAUGAGAAGUAGACUACACCUGCAGUAACUGAUACUAGGAGGUUGUGUGUGGAUGUGGGUGGUCUAUCUUUAUCUCAUUUCUCACUGAUCAUUUCUGUCAUGCCCUGAUCUCUCAUUCCCCCUCUCUCUCCCUCCCAUUUCUAUCUUUCUCUCUCCCCCUUUUCUCUCUCUCCUUCUUUCUCCCAGUGUGAAGGCUGUGUAUAAUGACCUCCACAACACUCUCAUGGCCAUCAAUGAGCAGGACAAACUCCACUGGUUGAAGAACAUCCACAGAGCGGGCAUGCCCACUGACUGGCCUCAGUUCCAGGUGCAACAAACACACAAGCGUGCACGCACACAAACACACACACACAGCGGGCUAAUGGAAGUUAAUGGGGCCGAAUAGAGUGUACUGUAAUAUGGGAUGAUGAAGACUUCAGCCCCGUUGUUAUUGUCAGAGUUUGUCUAAUGUAGUGAACAGUGUUACAAGCUAAUGUAGCAGAUUGUAUAACAGUAGUGAAUGGUUCAACAAUAUGACCAUUAUUAGAGACUGCUGGAUGGUAACAUAAUCGACCGGUUUGCCUUGUUGUUCAAUGGAGUCUAAUGAAACCUCUCUUUCAGGAGUGGGCACCAGAAAAUAAAAGCAAAAAAUGGAAGACAAACGUAGAGGCACAGUAAGGCACAACAGAUGAGCAUCUCUCCAUCUGUCUUUAUGACUCAUGCUACAGUACAACUCUAUCUCAGUGAUGCUAAAGGCCUUUGCCUUUGUCAGAUUCAGUUUUGUAUGAUUAUCACACUGUGCGAUGUUGCCAAAUUGUGAUAUCAUCCUGGCCAGAUUGUACGAUUUGCUUCAGUUCUGUUGUCACAUUCUGCAAUUGGCUUGCGAGGCUACGUCAGCCGACAUAGGCUAUGUCAACUACAGCAGUAUAUUUGAUCUGCACUUGUACCAGCAGCACAAGCCGCUUGGAUUUUUUUUAAAGUAGGCCUAUGUAGCUUAGAAAUAGUGUUAGGUUCUGACAAACAGAGUAAAAACUCAAACGGAGGACUAGGAAAAAGCUCAAACCAAGUUUAUUCAACCACUGGGUCAAACAGCUGAAAAGACAAAGACAUGUUUACACAAGCAUAUAUAUUUAUACCCUCUUUCUAGGCGGAGUCUCCUCCUUGCACAUCUGGACAGCCAAUACACAUCUGUUGCUAGGCAGGAACUCAAGUGGCGACUAUUCCUUCUCAAUUCAUCUGACUUGAACUCGGCCCGCAUUCCUCACUCCUCCCUAACUCACGGCUGUCCUACCUUAUCAGUGAUUGAAACCAGACUGUUGCCCUUCUCCUCUCCAUAGGAUACAUAAGAUUUAACAAUAACAUGUUCUGACUGAAUGUAAACUUUCUGCACUCCCCUUUCUCACUCAGUAUUUCCAUACACCCAGUUCUAAUAUGGUAACUUGAAUAAGGAUGAUCAUGAUCUGUCACAUGAUCUCAGUAUAUAUACACCUGUUCUGAAAGGCCCCAGAGUCUGCAACACCACUAAGCAAGGGGCAGCACCAAGCAAGAGGCUCCAUGAAGGCCAAGGAGCUCUCCAAACAGGUCAGGGACAAAGUUGUGGAGAAGUACAGAUCAGGGUUGGGUUCUAAAAAAAUAUCAGAAGCUUUGAACAUCCCACGGAGCACCAUUAAAUCCAUUAUAAAAAAUGGAAAGAAUAUGGCACCACAACAUACCUGCCAAGAGAGGGCAGCCCACCGAAACUCACAGACCAGGCAAGGAGGGUAUUAAUCAGAGAGGCAACAAAGAGACCAAAGAUAACCCUGAAGGCGCUGCAAAGCUCCACAGCGAAGAUUGGAGUAUCUGUCCAUAGGACUACCUUAAGCCGUACACUCCACAGAGCUGGGCUUUACGGAAGAGUGGCCAGAAAAAAGCCAUUGCUUAAAGACACAAAUAAGCAAACACUUUGGUGUUCGCCAAAAGUCAUGUGGGAGACUCCCCAAACAUAUGGAAGAAGUUACUCUGGUCAGAUGAGACUAAAAUUGAGCUUUUUGGCCAUGAAAGAAAAUGCUGUGUCUGGCGCAAACCCAACACCUCUCAUCACCCCGAGAACCCCAUCACCACAGUGAAGCAUGCUGGUGGCAGCAUCAUGUUGUAGGGAUGUUUUUCAUCGGCAGGGACUGGGAAACUGGUCAGAAUUUAAGGAAUGAUGGAUGGCGCUAAAUACAGGGAAAUUCUUGAGGGAAACCUGUUUCAGUCUUCCAGAGAUUUGAGACUGGGACGGAGGUUCACCUUCCAGCCGGACAAUGACCCUAAGCAUACUGCUAAAGCAACACUCGAGUGGUUUAAGGGGAAACAUUUAAAUGUCUUGGAAGGGCCUAGUCAAAGCCCAGACCUCAAUCCAAUUGAGAAUCUGGGGUAUGACUUAAAGAUUGCUGUACACCAGCGGAACCCAUCCAACUUGAAGGAGCUGGAGCAGUUUUGCCUUGAAGAAUGGGCAAAAAAUCUCAGUGGCUAGAUGUGCCAAGCUAAUAGAGACAUACCCCAAGAGACUUGCAGCUGUAAUUGCUGCAAAAGGUGGCUCUAAAAAGUAUUGACUUUGGGGGGGGGGGGGGGGGGGGGGGUGCAAAAUAUUUUGCAUCUUCAAAGUAGUAGGCAUGUUGUGUAAAUCAAAUGAUACAAACCCCCAAAAAAUCAUAUUUAAUUCCAGGUUGUAAGGCAACAAAAUAGGUAAAAUGCCAAGGGGGGUGAAUACUUUUGCAAGCCACUGUAUGUAGGGCUGACCCCAUUUAGUCGACUGUUUUGUUAAUAGGCUGUUGGUCGACCAAGAUUUUUUUAGUCGAGCGGUUCAAAUCUAUAUUUCUGUAUUGUUUGUAUUUUUUGUGGCACACAAGACACCUUUCUGAGUGGCGUCUGUUUCAGUGGACAGUCCAAGAAAAAGGGGAUUGUGGCUAAGAUGCACAAGACACGUUUCUCUCCAGAAUGCGCUCUCUCCCGCCAAUUUGUGCGCAUUCAUCGUUUCAUAACUUCAUUGUGUGAAUUGUUUUGUCCUUUGAUUAUUAGUGUCUAUCAAUUCCCUAUUACAUAUACCACCAGUAGUACAUUUACCUUUAAUCUCCAUAAUUUAUAUUCUACAAUGUUUGUUUGGUUACGGUAAUUUCUGUUAAUGCAUGCAAUAUAUUAUUAUUACAUUCGUAUACCAUUCUCACUAUCGGAGUGGACAUAUUGUUUGCAACGCUCACAACCUAUGCUACACUCGUGAGGAACAAGUUUUGAUUUAUUUUAUUCCAUUUUCAAAUGUUGUCAAUUUAUUCAUUGUCUUUUGUUUGUAGCUAUCCUGUCAAUGUUGAGGAAGGACGUGCAUCUGAUUACACAUAGAAGUUGGCCUAGGUUACCUGGCCUGCGCGCAAAUGUGCCCAUUUGGGGAUGUCUGAUAGUAUUUCUGAUUGUCUUAACUCACCACUAAUGAGCGGUGUAGCUUCUUAAAGUAAUGUUUUCUUCACCUCAAACAUCAAGUAAACAAAGUCAGUUUUUACAUCCACUGAGAAAGACAAUAUACAAAUGUUUCCAGCUCUCACUUUCGAUAACCACCGAUCCUCGGCGUGAAAGGGAAAAAUGUCAUUCUCUGAUCCAGUGGAAACGUCAUGAAAAUAAUGAUUACUUCUUAUCCUUUGCACAAAUACAGCUGUGUCUGGCCGGAGCAGAGUAUGUGUGCUGAAUGGAGUUGGAGCGGAGCGUGCCCAAUUUGACUGGAGCACAGAGCCAUUUUCCCAAAGGCUGGAGAGUCGACCUUCUCGUCUGCUCCAAUUUUGCUCCAGUACCACUCCAGUAGCGCUCAAUUCACUUCACCAGCUCAGGGCAUGCACAGCCCAGCAUGCAUUUGUAGGUCACUUGUGUUCUGCUAUAGCCCCUUGCUUUAGCUACUGUCAUGGAGUUCGCUAAAUAUUUAAAGAAUAUAAAUAAAGAAACUGAUAAAACACACAGGUGCAAAAUCAAGGUGACUUACAAAGAUGAGGAGGAUCAAGAGCAAGAGAGUGAGUGCGGUGAUAUAGUGUCCACAACUAAAGAAUCAUUGUGGAAUCUGGAAAGACACGUGUCCCGAAAGCAUGAUGCUAACAGAAAGGAACGAGGUGGGUAGCUAGCUAAGUGUGUCAUUGUAGCAAUUCGGAAAGUAUUCAGACCCCUUGACUUUUUCCACCAUUUUAGAAUAAGACUGUGACGUAACAAAAUGUGGAAAAAGGGAAGGGGUCUGAAUACUUUCCGAAUGCGCUGUAUCUACUUAAAUUACCUCGUACCCCUGCACAUCGACCCGGUACUGGUACCCUGUGUACACUACCAGUCAAAAGUUUUAGAACACCUAUUCAUUCAAGGGUUUUUCUUUAUUUUUACUAUUUUCUACAUUGUAGAAUAAUAAUGAAGACAUCAAAACUAUGAAAUAAAACAUAUGGAAUCAUGUAGUAACCAAAAAAGUUUUAAAUCAAAAUAUACUUUAUAUUUGAGAAUCUUCAAAUAGCCACCCUUCGCCUUGAUGACAGCUUUGCACACCAUUCUCUCAACCAGCUUCAUGAGGUAGUCACCUGGAAUGCAUUUCAAUUAACAGGUGUGCCUUGUUAAAAGUUAAUUUGUGGAAUUUCUUUCGUUCUUAAUGCAUUUGAGACAAACUGUUUCUUCAAGUGCAGUAGCAAAAACCAUCAAGCGCUAUGAUGAAACUGGCUCUAAUGAGGACCGCCACAGGAUUACCUCUGCUGCAGAGGAUAAGUUCAUUAGAGUUACCAGCCUCAGAAAUUGCAGCCCAAAUAAAUGCUUCACAGAGUUCAAGUAACAGACACAUCUCAACAUCAACUGUUCAGAGGAGACUGUGUGAAUCAGGCCUUCAUGGUCGAAUUGCUGCAAAGAAACCACUACUAAAGGACACCAAUAAUAAGAAGAGACUUGCUUGGGCCAAGAAGCACGAGCAAUGGACAUUAGACCGGUGGAAAUGUGUCCUUUGGUCUGUAGUCCAAAUUGGAGCUUUUUGGUUCCAACCGCCGUGUCUUUGUGAGACGCAGUGUGGGUGAACGGAUGAUCUCCUCAUGUGUAUUUCCCACCGUAAAGCUUGGAGGAGGAGGUGUUAUGAUGUGGGGGUGCUUUGCUGGGGACACUGUCUGUGAUUUAUUUAGAAUUGAAGGCACACUUAACCAGCAUGGCUACCACAGCAUUCUGCAACGAUACACCAUUCCAUCUGGUUUGGGCUUAGUGGGACUAUCAUUUUUUUUUCAACAGGACAAUUACCCAACACAACUCCAGGCUGUGUAUGGGCUAUUUUACCAAGAAGGAGAGUGAUGGAGUGCUGCAUCCGAUGACCUGGCCUCCAUAUUCCCCCGACCUCAACCAAAUUGAGAUGGUUUGGGAUGAGUCGGAACGCAGAGUGAAGGAAAAGGAGCCAACAAGUGCUCAGCAUAUGUGGGAACUCCUUCAAGAGUUUUGGAAAAGCAUUCCAGGUGAAGCUGGUUGAGAGAAUGCCAGGAGUGUGCAAUGCUGUCCUCAAGGCAAAAGGUGGCUAUUUGAAGAAUCUCAAAUAUAAAAUAUAUUUUGAUUUGUUUAACACUUCUUUUGGUUACUACAUGAUUCCACAUGUGUUAUUUCAUAGUUUGAUGUCUUCACUAUUAUUCCACAAUGUAGAAAAUAGUAAAAAUAAAACCUUUGACCGGUAGUGUAUAUAUCGAAGUUAUCGUUGCUCAUUGUGUAUUUAUUCCUUGUGUUAUUAUUUUUCUAUUUAUUCCUCGUGUUAUUAUUAUUUGUUCUAUUUUUUUCUCUCUGCAUUGUAGGGAAGGGGCCGUAAUUAAGCAUUUCACUGUUGUUUACGAAGCAUGUGACAAAUAAAGUUUUAUUUGAUCACCUUCUCCCAUUCUUCCACUACCCUCUCAGCUCCUCAAUGUCUCAAUGUCUCCUCAGUAUCUUUUUAGAAGGUUUAGUAAUGCAUUAUUUGCCUGGACAAGCACCCCAUUUCCAACCAGAAUACCUGUAUUUAUACUGGUAUACUGUACCUUACAAUUUUCUUUGCUUCUCAUAUAUCCCUCGUUCCCCCCUCAGUGUUCCUCUGGAGAGGCCUGUCUCAGAUGAAUGAGACCGAGGGCAACCUCCCAAUACCACCACCUCGUCUCACUGAAGAACGAUGAAGGCAAGACUGAGGAGUACAGUAUCGUGGUCUCAGAGACAGAGGCAACAUGAAUGAGUAGCGCUGAGGGCAGGUGGGUCACGAGAGGAAUCACAGACAUAUACUAAUACAUGAUCACAUCCAAACGUGUAACCAAGUUAAGAACAUGCUGUAAGCUCACUCCACAGCUAGUUUCAAAUGUUGUGGAUGGAGCCAUUCAAUUGGUACCUUUUGGGUGGCUCAAACAGUUGGUACGUUGUCAAAGAGGUCAGUCACGUGUGUUUGCGAGCAGAGGAUCACUGGUUCAACCCAGUGUUGGACAGAGACAGUGGACGAAGAUGUACUGUUUUGCAUUAGCACUACAUGCCUGAUUCAAAUAAUCAACACUUGAUGAUAAGUUGGUCAUUUGAAUCGGCUGUGUAGUGCUAGGGCAAAAACAAAAAUGUGCAUCCCUUUGGGUCCCCAGAACCAGGAUUAAGAAAUGCUGUUAUAUCUAUGACUAUACUUCAAUUAAUGUGUGUUAUGUGUACCUGUUUGCUUUUUUUGCCGACCACAAGCAUGUAGGUUAGAUAUGAGAGAGCAUUGCUUCGUUUUUAAGAAGUUUCAGUGUUGCUACAGUUUGCAAACAAAGUAAUUGUGACACUAUGUUUUUCAGGUGAUCAUGGUGACUGUCUUAUCAUAGCGAUGGGCAACUCCAGUUCUCGGAAUGCAAUUAGUUUAAUCAGGUGUGUUAGCUGUGGCUGAUGAAAAAGUGUGACACCAAUCAGGCCCCCGAGGGGCUGGAGUACCACGAUGAGGAUGACCAGAUCCAGAUGAAUUCAACAAAACUCGAUGCAAGAUCCCGCAGGAUCUGA